ACAUGGGCAACGAGCUGGAGCCGCAGAGCGCAGCGGAACCGCCACGCGUUGCCCUACAAGGUCGACUCGACCGUUUUUACGCGCUUUGCAUGGUCGACCUGGACGCUCCGUCGGCGUCCAAACCGAAGCAUCGCGCCUGGCUGCACUGGCUCGUCGUCAAUAUACCGGCGCUGAAGCUGGACGCCGGGCAGGUGCUGGCGGCGUACAGCCCCCCGACACCGGUGGCGGGUACCGGUUCGCAUCGGAUUGCGUUCGUCCAGAUGGAAGCAGCCCCACCGUUUCCAGCCGGGCAACUUCAUCUUCAUACCGAUGCGCGCAGCCUUCGAUGUGUGGACCUUCAUGAUCGACAAUAGCAUUCACAACAUCACGGCAUUCAACUUCUUCCGCAUCGACUCGGACUUCAGGAGCGUGCUGUGAAAUUCGCCGCUGUUCCGGCGAUAGCAGCAACCGGCGCACUGUCGUGCUUUCGUCUUAAUUGCUGAAC